CAGGGUUACUUCUGAAUGCGGUUCGCUUCUCAUCAUCUUGGACUUGGUACAGUUAUAGGGACAGAGGCCAGGAAAACAGUCCCCCCUCCUACGCGUCCUCUAGGGGAGACCCAGCCAGCGGGUAGGAAGUGUACCUUCCUUGGCGGGCGCCAUGGGCUGACUGACAGCUUGCUCGGUGGAUUUCAGGUGCUCGUCCUGGCUGUGAAGCAGCUCUUCCCAGAUUUCGAAUUCAUGUGGCUGGUGGAUGAAGCCAAGAAGAACCUGCCUCUCGAAUUGGACUUCCUAAAUGAGGGAAAGAAUGCGGAAAAAGUGGCCCACAUGCUCAAGCACUUUGACUUCCUAAAGGUCCCCCAGAUCUACUGGGAGCUGUCCACCAAGAGGGUGCUCCUGAUGGAAUUCGUGGAGGGAGGGCAGGUCAACGACAAGGCCUACAUGGAGAAGAACCAGAUAGACGUGAAUGAGAUCUCCUGCCACCUGGGCAAGAUGUACAGCGAGAUGAUCUUCGUCAACGGUUUCGUGCACUGUGACCCCCACCCAGGCAAUGUGCUGGUGCGGAAGCAUCCAGACACUGGCAAGGCUGAGAUUGUCCUCUUGGACCAUGGGCUUUACCAGGUGCUCACGGAGGAGUUCCGCCUGGACUACUGCCGUCUGUGGCAGUCCCUGAUCUGGACCAACAUGGAGAGGGUGAAGCAGUACAGCCAGCGCCUGGGGGCUGCAGAGCUUUACCCACUGUUUGCCUGUAUGCUGACAGCCCGGUCCUGGGACUCGGUCAAAAGGGGCAUUAGCCAAGCUCCAGCCACCGCCACUGAGGACUCAGAGAUCCGAGAUAACGCGGCCAGCUACCUGCCCGAGAUCAGCCAGCUCCUUAACCACGUGCCUCGCCAGAUGCUGCUCAUCCUGAAGACCAAUGAUCUGCUCCGUAGCAUUGAGACCACCCUGGGCACCCGAUCCAGUGCUAGCUCCUUCCUCAACAUGUCUCGGUGUUGCAUCAGGGCCCUGGCCGAGCACAGGAAGAGAGAUGCCUGUUCAUUCUUCAGAAGGAUCCAGAUAUCUUUCAGCGAGGCCUUUAGCCUCUGGCAGAUCAACCUUCAUGAACUUCUGCUUCGAGUGAAGGGCUUGAGGCUAGUCUGCUGGAUCUCAACUCUCCUGGGCUGGCUGACUUGGGCUCCACACUGAGUGUGACUGUGGUCCCCUGCUCCUUCCUAGUGUCUUUCCACACCUCAUUUGUUCUUUCAUGCUCUGAGUACCCACUCACCCAUGUCAGCCGAGGGUUGGCCUGUGGUCCCAGGAUGGUCGUCCAUGGCACCAUCACACUCUGCCAUUGGAGCCCCCCACUGUAGCCUUGACUUGGGGCCCUGGACUGUACCGGGGAGUGAGUUAUCUUUCUCUAGGGAGGGGAUAAAGCAACCUUCUUCCCA